AGUUUCUUCAAAACAGAUCGGCAAUAGCAAGUCCAGCGUACUUGUAUUAGGAGAGCUCAGUGAUUUAGCUAUAUAAUAUUUAGACCUAUUAUUUUAGAGAAAUAGGCACUUUGGCUUUUUCUAUCGACAAGUCAUACUUACCUAUUGCAUGUUGUUUACAUUACUUUAGAAGGACCUCAUCACUUGUUUUGUACAUAAUAAAUUACACGUCCAAGUAGUCAUUUCCUAAUUACCAAGUAAUUAUAUCGAAGUAAUUAAUAAAUCGCAACAAUUAAGUACCUAUGCAAAAAUAAAAAUAACUAUAGGUACGUUAGUACCAAAUUAAUAAAUCUAAUUCUCUUAAUGAGAUCCAAUUAAUAAAUUAUCUUACCCCUUCUGUUAAAAAUUGGCAUAAAUAUAAAAGCAUUAUUGUUUCAAUAUCAGUAUUGAAUUGUAAUUCGCGGUCGAUUGUUCUUGUUAAGUUUAACUUUGAAGGAGUUAAUAUGGAUUUUAAUCUGUCGAGCAUCUGUGAUAUGUUAGGGGAUCGAAUUGAAGAGUAUAAGACCACUUCUAAGAAGCGCAGGAUUGAAAGAGGUAGUUGUGCACCGAAAGCUAAGAUCGCAAAAUUCACUCAUGAAAACCAGACUGAAAGUUCCGUGAAAAAGCACGGUACCCGUAUAUACGCGUCUACACCUAUAGAAACACCGAAAACUGAAUCACAACAGUUUUCCACGUUAGCUAUGUAUUCUUCCAUCAACAAAUUGCCCGGGACAGCUAGGAGUCUUAGUCGAAAUCUAAACCUAGAAGCGAAGAAAUCACCCUUUGAAGUAGAAGAUAAUAACGAAGUUGGUGAAAAAUCCAAAGUGGAAAACUCUGAACUAAGUUUCUCUUCAGCCACCAAAACGUUAAAAAGGCGUCGUGUUCAAAGGACAAGGUUGAACGCAAAAAGACUGCUUUUUGAUGACGAUGACCAGAACAAUGACGAAUGUUUGUCCAAAGAAGCACACAUUGAACCAAACAUGUAUAACAAGUGUUUGCCUCAAAAUUCUGCAAAGGUCAACCCAAACAUGGGUGACAAAUGUUUGUUCCAAGAUUCUCCAAAUAAUGUUGAAUGCAAAAGCAUCGAAUGUUUGUCCAAAGAUUCUACCAGUGACACUUUGACCAAAGUUUUAUCACCGCUGUAUACACCUAAAAGACCUCGGAUGCCAAGAAAAAGUAUGAUUGCUAGAAGAUUAACUUUUGAUGAUUCCGAAAAUGAAGAUACUAGUACGAGUGUUUAUUAUAGUUUAUCAAAUGAAAGGUCUAGUGAGAAAACCUUGGGCCAAAUCAAGUCUCCACUAGAGAUAACCAAAAUAAGUUACAAGGAUCAAGAUUUGGCAGAAAGUUUGCCAAAUAAUUGUGAUACAACGUUGAUCCCAGACAGUGAAGAGAUGGACUAUUCUACUAUCCUGGUACUAAAUGUAGGAAUUUUAAUUCGUCCUAUACGAGAUGUUUGUCGAGAUUAAAUAAAUUGACAGAGCAUUUGCUGAUUGGUGGGACUUGAAAGUUAGCCCAAUGAAAGUCUCCUGCAUUGUUGGUUC